AUGGAGUAUGGGAUGGAGGUCAUGCGUGGCGGGGCCCUGCUGACUCAGCUGGACCUGAAGGACAAGGCAUACUACACCUUUGGGCGCACGCCAAACAACGACAUCACCUUGGAACAUCCCACCUCCUCUCGGUUGCAUGCUGUGCUGCAAUACCGUGGGUCAGAUGGCGCAGCCUUCAUGUAUGACCCGGGCAGCACGCAUGGGACAUUCAUAAACAAAGUCCGCUUGGAGAACAAGAAGCAUGCACCUCUGAGGUACGACCUGCCGGCAAUGGCGGCCCGGAAGGAACGAGAGGCUGCCAUUGCCAAGGCUCAGAUGGAGAGUGCGAUUGGUGGAGGAGCGAGCUGGGGGUUCUCAGAGGAUGCCGUGGAAGAUACGGAAAACCUAGAGGCAUUGGACUGGAGAGCACACGCGGCCAACCGAGGCCUGUCCGAUAAGCAGCAGAAGCUGGCGACCAAGAUCCGUAAGCUGGAGCUGCGGUGUGCCACUCUGCAGACUGAGAGCGAGAGGAUCAAGGCAAAGCAGGGGUCCAUGGAAGAGCUGUCGGCAGGUCAGGCAACCACGCUGCUUCGGAAUGAGCAGGAGGUCGACAGGGCAACGGCUGAGAUGGAGGAGAUGGAGGAGACUCUCCUUGAGUCACUGCGGGACUCGAUAAGGAGCAAGGCGGCUGCAGCUGCAGGAGGCGGCGAGGCAGCGCAGAAGAAGCGACGGCGGCGGGACCCUGACGAUGACGAUGACGACCAGGAGUGGUCGGGGAAAGAGGACGGCUUCAUGUAUGAUCGAACGCAGGGCACCCGCAAGUCUCGGGCCAAGGCUGCCCGCGGCGCCCGCUCCGGACCCCAGGCUGCGGACGCGGCCCUGGACGCCGCCUCGCUGCUGGCACGCAAGGCGCUGCUGGAGCAGGAAAGGACGGCGCUGCAGGAGCGGCUGGACCUGGCGCGGCGAGACGAGGCGAGCCGGGCCGCAGGCGGGGCGGGGGUUGUUGCGACCAGCGAGGCGCUGCCUGAGUCCGCGGAGGCUGCCCCGGCGAGCGGGUCCAGUGAAGCAGUAGUGGACAGCCUGGAUGCCUUCAUGACGGAGGUAGGCAGCCGACUGGAAAGCGAGAAGGUGGAGGUGCUGACGCGGCAGCUGGCUGAGGUCGAGGAGCAGCUAGACCAGACGCAGAAGCUCAUCCACAUUGCCGAUCCCGAAGGGUACUUUGCCUCGGGGUCUGUAGCAGCCCAAUCAGCAAUUGCAAAGGCCACCCAGCGACUGCUGGACGAGGAAGCGCAGCAGAAGGAGCGGGAGCAGUCCAAGGUGGUGGAUCCACAGAAUUGCUCGUGA